GGUAGAACCAAGACUGAAACCUUAAUCUACUAGCUUCAACAUAUGUUUUCUUUACAUACAAAACCAUUUCUGAGAACAAGAUUAGAGUCUCAGGCCAGACCAAGAGCUGUGGACACUCUGGACAAGUUCCUAAUUUAGUAACCCUUACAAGUAUUCAUUGACAACUUGCUCAACAUUUAUUUGGAGGUGAAGCUGAACUCUGUGAAGAGCAUGGGUGAAAAAGAAGGAUGCACUGGUGAUAGCACCCCAGCUUGCACAUGCUGCUUAGCAGAACAAAAGCCUGCAGUUAAGACACCAUUCUCCUUAGGAAAAUAGUGAUUACAAGCAUGUCCCAACUCCCAAGAAGCUUACCAAGGUUGACUUUCCAACACCAUAUACUACUCAGCCUGGAAGGAGUUCUGGAAAAUAUUUUGGUCCAUAAAACAUCAUUUCUAGUGAUGUUUUAGAGCCCUUCAUGGAUUGGUGACCUAAGUAUUACCCAGCUGACCCUUCCCUAAUUCUCCCCUCACUUCCCCAUCCUCCCACUUCCCCAUGGGUAUCUACUGAAUCCCACUUCUCCUUUGUUUAGGAGGUCUCUCCUCCAAGCCUUUCUCAGCCUCUCCAGUAAUGCCUUUUUUCUCUUCCCAUUCCACUAGCUGCUGCCAAUCGCAAUGACCCUGUGUUUGAAACCCUACGCACCGGGGUGAUCAUGGCAAACAAGGAAAGGAAGAAGGGACAGGCAGAUAAGAAAAAUCCACUAACAGCCAUGAUGGAAGAGGAGCCAGAGCCCUCCAGGCCAGAGGAAGGCAAACCUCAGGAUGGAAACGGCCCUGAAGGGAACAAGAAGGCUGAGAAGAAGACACCUGAUGACAAACACAAGCUGCCUGGCUUCCAGCAGUCUCAUUACUUUGUGGCUCUCUAUCGGUUCAAAGCCCUGGAGAAAGAUGAUCUGGAUUUCCCGCCAGGAGAGAAGAUCACAGUCAUUGAUGACUCCAAUGAGGAGUGGUGGCGGGGGAAAAUUGGGGAGAAAGUUGGAUUUUUCCCUCCAAACUUCAUCAUUCGCGUCCGUGCUGGAGAACGUGUGCACCGUGUAACAAGAUCCUUCGUGGGGAACCGCGAGAUUGGGCAGAUCACUCUCAAGAAGGACCAGAUCGUAGUGCAGAAAGGAGAUGAAGCUGGAGGCUACGUCAAAGUCUACACCGGCCGCAAGGUGGGGCUGUUCCCCGCCGACUUCCUGGAGGAGAUUUAGGUGUUCGGGCGCCUCCAGGCAGGAGAAACCUGUGCCCCACUCUGGGCGGGCCCAGUGGAGGCUGGGGAGAAAAGGGCGAAAGCAACUGGACUACUGGGUGGGGAGGGUUGGGAAGGGCCCCCAAGCACGAUGGGGCUUCUGGAAAGGGACUGGUUCCUGCUUCCCUUCCCUGGCCUACGGCCUCGGAUACCUGGUGCCCAGAGCAGCCCGCACCCGCAACCCCUCAGGCCCACUCAGCCUGUGAGAGCAGGAAAAAUGCGUCUCCACUAGGAGGCGCCGAGGGGGACCGCGGGUACGAACUGUCGAAUGUUGCGAAUUUAUUAAAGUUUUGACAAAAGUUAGAAAA